CAUCAUCGUCUUCAAUUCCAAAGCCCUAAUUUCACCUUUGAAUUCGAUCUUAGCAUCUUUCUGAAAUGUCGGGCCGUGGUAAAGGAGGCAAAGGAUUGGGAAAGGGAGGAGCCAAGAGACACCGGAAGGUUCUUCGUGAUAACAUUCAAGGCAUCACAAAGCCCGCCAUUAGAAGGUUAGCUCGGAGAGGAGGUGUCAAACGUAUCAGUGGUUUGAUAUAUGAAGAAACUCGUGGAGUUCUCAAGAUAUUUCUAGAGAAUGUCAUCAGAGACGCCGUUACUUACACCGAGCAUGCUCGCCGGAAAACUGUUACCGCCAUGGAUGUGGUUUAUGCAUUGAAACGACAGGGGCGUACUCUCUAUGGAUUCGGAGGUUAAAUUUUUAGGCAAUUGUUAGAAGUUAAAUCAAGGAAUUGUAGAACUUGUUCGUUGUUUAUUUCCCGUUUUAGGGUUGUUCAAGCUAUUGAAAAUCUCUGAUUUUUAUCCUCAUAA